AGUACCUGGCUAACUAUAUUCUCUUGUUCGCUCCGUUGAAUACCGAACGAGUCAUCAUAACAUCAUCAUAACAUCAUCAUCAUCAAUGCCAUCAUCAUCAAUGCAUAGGUACCUCCUUAUUCAAUUACUGGCUGCUAGCGAGUAAUGCAAUACAAUACAUGGAAUAUAUUCCUUUAUCCAAUUCACCUACCAUCUUUCUUUUUUUCUUUUUCUCGCAAAUCUCUUCCUUUACCUCUUUUAAUAGAACCGAUGACAAAAACGAUAUAUUCUGUUAUUACUUUAUUACAUACUAACUUAUUCCAUGCAAUGCAAUUACUAAUCUAUUGCUCUAAUGUUUUGCAUUUGUUUUUCUUACUUAUUCUUUCAUUCAAAUGCCAUAAAUCAAUCACGAUAGGUUGUGAAAGUUGAAUUAUGGCUGAUUAUAGUGUUGAUCAAUUUCCAAAGUUGGAAAAUGUGUACAGAGUGUCUGGUUCCAAAUUCAACCAAUUGAGCCGCAACACCAAAUUGAAUUCAGAGCAAACUGGUGAAUCUAAGGUGGUGAUCUCAACACCUUGGUGUUCAAAUGUAUGGAGCCAACCAAAUGUGCUGCAUAAGCUGACAAAGGGGGGUAAUAGUGGAUCAGAAAUAUCUCCAAAGAUUUUUGCUGGAAGUGGAAAUGGAACUUUGAAUGAUAGGAAGUUACCUCCACAAUCACUAAUAUCUCCAACACCAGAGAUAGGAAUACAUUCAUCUGUUGGAAUUGAUACAACUACAUUGAAGGAUCAUCAAUGCAAGGAUGAAGGAAUUCCAAAACCUAAUUGUGAAAACAACGAGGAUGAAUUUUUUGAUAGUGAUGAUGAUGUUUCUUUAGAUGACACUGACUCGGACAAUGGAGAGAAAAACCAUGAAGGUUGCAAGAAAAGCAAGUGGUUCAGGAAAUUCUUUGAUAUUUUAAAUAAACUGACAGUUGAGGAGAUCAAUUCACAAUCAAAAAUGUGGCACUGCCCAGCAUGUCACGGGGGUACUAGGGCUAUUGAUUGGUACCGUGGGUUGCAGCCCCUUCUGAAUCAUUCCAAGACAAUAAAAGUAAGGAGGGUGAGGUUGCAUCGAGUGUUUGCCGAAACUUUGGAGGAAGAGUGCUCCAGGAGAGGAGCUCCAUUGAUAAAGGUUGGUGAAGCCUAUGAUGGACUAUGGGAGGGUCUUGAUAAGAAUGUCAAGGAUCAUGAAAUAGUUUGGCCCCCAAUGGUUAUCAUCAUGAAUACAACAUAUGAGCAGGAUGAAAACAAUAAGUGGACUGGAAUGGGGAGCCAAGAACUCCUUGGUUGCUUCAGUGAUUAUGCUGCGUUGAAGGCUCGACACUCAUAUGGUCCACAAGGACAUCGAGGGAUGAGUGUUUUGAUUUUUGAUGCAUCCGCAGCAGGUUAUUUAGAAUCUGUGCGGCUCCAUAUGCAUUUCAAAGAGCAAGGAAGAGAUAGGGAAGCUUGGAAUCGUUGUAAGAAUCCAUUUGUCCCAGGCGGGAAGCGCCCACUUUAUGGUUACCUGGCCUCUAGAGAAGAUUUGGAUGUUUUCAACAAACACUCUGGAGGAAAGUCGAAAUUGAAGUUUGAAAUGAGAUCAUAUCAAGAGAUGGUUGAGAGCAGGAUAAAGCACAUCAAUGAUGAUGGUCAACAGCUUGACAUUUUCAAGAACAUGAUAGCUAAAGAACAACUUAAAUCAAAAGUCUUUGCAGACACUUUAUGUAAAGUAAGUGAGAAGUUACGCAAAACAAUCGAAGAAAACCAUAUUGUGCGAGAACGUAUUAAAGAAUCUCAUCAACAAAACGAGGAGAUGGACGCGCAAGAAAAGUUUUUCCUUGAUCAAAUACAAAUCAUUCAACAAGCUAUAGCUGCAAAGGAAGAUGAGUUUCAGAAAUUGCAGCAGGCAAAACUUGAAGUGAUAUGGGCUAAUGGAGAUUCUUCUGUGAAAGGCGACGGCAAUCAUAUAAUAGAGAAUGUUUCUAGUUUCCGGAAGUCCCAAGACAAGGACGUGAGGCAAUUGGAGGCAGAGAGAGAUAAUAUCUUAAAAAUGCAUGAAGAUAAACAGUUGGCUCUGAAGAAGAAGCAGUGGCAAGAACAGGUUGAACUUGUGAAGGAAUUGGAAGAUGAACUAACUCAGCUCAUGAACAAGUAUGCUUUAAGCCAGUCUCAAACUGGUUAAAGAAAAAAGUAUCCACAGGCACACAUAUUAUAAUACAUUUUCUGCAUUCUGCCAAAUUUUGGCUAGUUUAGUUUGAAAGUUGAAAAGUGAGAGUUGAUGAUGAGGCCUAUCACCAAAGUUUUGAUCCCAUUUUGACUGGUUCUAGUAGUUUUGUUUUCGUUGCAAUUGUUAUUAUGUACUUGACUUUCAAAUAAUUUUAUGAUGAUUCAACUUA